UUUUGCGGUUCUAGUGAUGGAAGUUCAUGAUAGAUACAGGUACAGAAAAGCAACAAGAAAUCCCAGUUCACGAAUCCCCAAACUAUCUCUGUCUGUCUUUUCUCUGUGGUUAUCCCCUCCAACCAAUCGCCCGCCUGGUUUCUUCUGAAAGAAAAACCAAAAGGUCUAAUCUUUGGGGUGUGGGUUCUUGAUUUUGUUGAAAAAGAUGGAAUUUUUAAGUACUUUUGGUGAGUUGUGCAAUGAGAAAUAUGAAUUUCAGGGGGUGAUGAGGAAUGGGUUGUCCUCAUCUUCUUCAUUGGUUUUGGAUAGUGGAAAGGGGGUGCUUGUGAGGGCUGCACAACAGGGAGUCAUCAAACCGGAGAAGGCUUUGAUUGCUUUGAGAAACCAUAGUGAGGCUGAGAGGAGGCGCAGGGAGAGAAUCAAUGGCCAUUUCACUACCCUCAGGAGCCUCAUCCCUGGCACAGAUAAGAUGGACAAAGCUGCAUUACUUGCCAAGGUUAUCAGUCAGGUAAAAGAACUGAGGGCUAGUGCAGCAGAAGCUACAAAAGAAAUUCUCGUGCCAAUGGACAGGGAUGAACUAAGAGUUGAACCUCAAGUCGGAGAAUUUGAGGGGGCGUUGUACUCUAUAAAGGCAUCCUUGUCUUGUGAGUAUAAGCACGAGCUUCUUUCGGAUUUAAGGCAAGCUCUUGAUAAUCUCUCUUUAAAAACCGCGAGGGCAGAGAUUGCAACCUUGGGAAGCAGGAUGGUUAGUGUUUUUGUGAUAACCGAAAAUGAAGGGAACAUUGAGCAUGAUGAGGAUACUGAAAGACGAGAAUUUCUUGCUAGUUCGAUUCGUCAGGCUUUAAGGUCAGUGCUUGAUAAAUUUUAUGCAUCGGAGGAGUUAUCUUCAAGAAACGCUCUCUCGAGCAAGAGACAGAGAGUUUCGUUCCUGAAUCCUUCAAGCUCGUCUUCUUUAGGAGAUUUCUGCUGAAAAAAAAAAAAGUUACUUUCAUUGAUAGAGCAUAUCUUCCUUUCAUCGCCUUUCUAUGUCUAGACUAGAUAGCUUGGUUAUAAAGUAGCGAUACACGGGUUAAUUGCAAAUGUUUUGGCAUACAUGUCUUCUGGCAGCAUUGGAUCAGAUUUGUAUGAUACCACAUAUACAUGUUUUUGUAUAUAUAAACGGGAAAACCUUCUGUAUUUGUUAUAACGUGAAUAAUAGAUCAAAUCCAUUGAAAGA